AUGGGUAAGUGUCCGGUUACCGGCCGCGGCACCUCGUCGGCUGAGGGUGACGCAUUCCGUUUAGAGGUUGCUGACGACGAAAGUCAAGCUACCACGGGGGAUAUCAUACGGUUAAUGAAGCCCUUCUAUUGGCCUGGUGCCCCUACGGACUCGCUACACAAACGUGUUAUGCUUCGCUCUUUUGUGGUAUUUGCCGUGGUUUUGCUAUUUUGUGGAAAAGCAUGCAACUUGCUAGCCCCGUACUAUCUAGGUCUCACGAUAUCAUCGCUGACGGCGGGAGAACACAGCCAGGCGAUGAUGCAAUUGCUCACCAUGGGUGUACUGUUUUUGUCUGGUAGCGCUUGCGACGAAUUGCGUAACCUGUUGUAUAACUAUGUGCAAUGUAAAGGGUUGACAGUUCUAGCUUCAAAGAUGUACCGCCAUAUCUACACCAUGGAUUACCAGUGGUUCCUAGAGUCCAAGGGCGGUGAGGUUAUCCGCUGUAUGACCCGUGGUUUAGAAUCGAUGCGUGAUUUGACGAGAUUUGGAGUACUGCUACUGGUACCGACAUUGCUAGAAGCAUUUUCCGUCAGCGUAUUGUUUGCGGCAUACUUCAAGGACCUCUGGAUGACCAUGACGGUUAUUAUUGGAUUGAUUAUUUACACCAUAGUUACCAUCGGUACCACUAACUGGAGGAACAAAACACGCCGUGCUGAAGCUGAGCGUGAUGAUGAGAUGCACAGCAUUUCAAACGACGGUAUCAGCAACUUCGAUACUGUGAAGUACUUCACGAACGAGGAGCAUGAGGUUGCGCGUUACGCAACCGUAGUGCGUCAACAUCAGCAAUGCCAGUAUAAAGUUUUGUCAAGUCUUAGUGCGCUGAAUGUAUCGCAAGAGUUAUUGAAGCAGAUUACUAUAUAUCUCUGUUUGUUGUUUGCCUUGAUGGCUGUUCGCAACGAAAGGAUGACCGUUGGUCAAAUGGUAUCUGUUCAAACCUAUCUCUUCUACCUCUAUCGCCCGCUAUUUCUAUUGGGAACUAUGUAUGCAACGAUCUGUCGUGCUGCUGCAGGUAUCCAGAGCGCGGCAAAUAUGAUGAACUGCCAACCGACGGUGGUCGACCGAGAGGGUGCUGUGUCGCUAUGCCUAGAUGAAAAGGAAGACAGCUCUAUACCAAUGAUCGAGUUCCGCAAUGUCUCAUUUAGUUUCCCGAGUCGUGACUUACCAGCUCCAAAGGUAACAUUGCGCGAUAUCAGCUUCAAAUUACCAAGGGGACGGUCACUGGCUAUUGUAGGUCCUACCGGUUCCGGUAAGACAACUUUAAGUCUGCUGCUUUCUCGUUUGUAUGAUGCUAGUAGCGGUGAGAUUUAUGUAAAUGGCCAGGAUAUAACUUCUGUGACGCAAGAAAGCCUACGUCGGAACAUCGGUGUUGUAUCUCAGAACACUAUGCUGUUCCAUUCUACGUUACGUGACAAUAUCCGUUACGCUAAGUUGGAUGCUACUGACGAAGAGGUUUACGAGGCGCUUCGUCGUGCAAGUUUCCAAGAUCGUGUUAUGACCUUGCCAGAUAAGCUUGACACUGUUGUUGGUGAGCGUGGUAUGAGACUUUCUGGUGGUGAGAAGCAGCGUGUAAGUAUAGCACGUUGUUUCUUGAAAGAUCCACCAAUAUUGAUCUUGGAUGAAGCUACAAGUGCCCUAGACUCCAAGACUGAAGCUGAUAUUCAAACAGCGUUACGUCUACUGUUCCACAACCGUACUGUGAUAACCAUUGCGCAUCGUCUGAGUACUAUUGUGGAUUGUGAUAGUAUAAUGUAUAUUGAGAAUGGUGAGAUCAAGGAAUUCGGUUCACAUAUGGAUCUUUUCGAGCUUGGUGGUCACUAUAGGUCUCUGUGGGAGGCGCAGCUACGUUCUGUGACAUCGUCCAUAUCAAUGGAGUUCAGUGGAUAG